UGGAAUUAUUUCCUUUAGAAUACUUAAAGCGCACGCUGCAAAUCGGUCAAUUCGUUCGAUUCUCGGGAAAAAUACAUAAAAUACUGUUCGGCGAAUAUCAUACCAAUCCGACAAACAACAGGUAGUAUGAAGCCGGCAUACCUGUCCGUGAGUCAGCAGCACUCGUCUAUUAGCAUUAGCAGGAACUUGAAGUACUAUUUGCUACUGCUCAGUUGUCUGCAGACUUUUAAUGGCACCAAAGCGUACACCAUCAGUGGUAGAUAUUGCAAGCAGAAUGUCAGCGUUAAAUAUCAAGUGUCAGUGAUGCGUGAAAUUCAACCAGUACGACGCAGUUUGCAAUUGAAAUAUGAAACCGACAAUGCUCAGACCAUCAGUAAAGACACCGAAAACUACCUUACAUACGAACCACGCGUGCGUUGGGAGACCAAAAGUAUUUGCUGCCCCGGCUAUCGUGCGCUGUUUUUCGGUUUCUGUGAACCGAUCUGCGAUAGUGCGUGUCCCCGCUUUAGCUAUUGUGCCACACCUAAUCGUUGUGAGUGUUUGCCAGGCUAUAGCGAACAUCAUCCGAACAACAAGCAGGAGCAAUUGCUUGACUGCCGGCCAUUUUGUGAGGAUGGUUGUCCGCCGCAUAGCUAUUGUGUGGCACGUAAUCGCUGCGAAUGUCGGCAGGGCUUUAGUGAUACAAGCAAAUGGUGGUUUUUACCAUUGAAAUGUGAGCGUAUUCGCUGUGCAGCGCCGGAUCAGCGUUAUGACGUGAAACAGGGUUUGUGUGUAAAGAUCGAGAUGAGUAUGGAAGAGCUGAUGCGAAAGGUCGCAGAACGGUUGUCCAAGGGCUUGAAUGAUAGUGUGUCGUUGGGUAGCGACGAGGAGGAGGAUGAAGAUGAGGAAGUAAACGAAAUUUUACCCGAAACGACGUUGGGUACUCGGAGCGAGGAGUAGUCAUUACUUUCACUGCGUUGCUUAAAUUUAGUUUCACUGUACACAAUUUUUAUAUGAUUUCUUUUUAUAUGUUUUAAUAUAAAUAAAUAAAUAAUUUUGAAGAAAUAUGCAAAUUUUUAACACCGACCGCAAUUUCUUCUCCUAAAUAUA